CUUCCAGAGAUAAUCCCUUAUCCACUUACUCCAACCUUUAAUGACUUUGGGACAGGAUGGCCUAUUGGAGCCCCCAUUUCCUCCCACUCCUUGGCCUCCUGUCUCUCCUCCUCUUCCCAUGCCACUCCUCCACCGUCGCCGGCAAUGCCUCCCCAGGGGUCCGCCUCGGCGUCAUCCGGAAGCCGUCCCCUGCUGUCUCCGUCUUCCGGGAGGCCCCCGCCUUCCGCAAUGCAGAUGCAUGCGACCAGGCCAAUAGGAUCCACGUGGCCAUGACCCUUGAUUCCAACUACCUCCGGGGCACCAUGGCCGCGGUCCUGUCGAUUCUCCAGCAUUCCAUGUGCCCGGAGAACUUCGAGUUCCACUUCCUGUGGGCACGGUUCGAGCCAGAGGUGUUCUCGAGCAUCCGGUCCACUUUCCCGUACCUCCGCUUCAAGGUCUACCGCUUCGACUCCGGCCGGGUGCGCGGCAAGAUCUCCAAGUCAAUCCGGCAGGCGCUUGACCAGCCCCUCAACUACGCGAGGAUCUACCUGGCGGACAUGAUGCCAACCAACGUGAAGCGGGUCAUCUACCUCGACUCGGACCUGGUCGUGGUUGAUGACGUUGCCAAGCUCUGGGGGGUGAGCCUGGAGGGCAAGGUCCUGGCGGCCCCAGAGUACUGCCACGCCAACUUCACCAAGUACUUCACGAACCUCUUCUGGUCGGACCCGGCCCUGUCAAGGACCUUCCACGGGAGAAAACCUUGCUACUUCAACACGGGGGUGAUGGUGGUGGAUGUGGACAAGUGGAGACAAGGAGGGUACACGGAGAAGGUGGAGUCCUGGAUGGGGGUUCAGAAGCGCAAGAGGAUCUAUCACCUGGGCUCCCUGCCGCCGUUCCUGCUCGUCCUGGGCGGCAACAUCAAGGCCGUCGACCACAGGUGGAACCAGCACGGCCUCGGGGGGGACAACCUCGAAGGCAAGUGCAGGGCUCUCAACGUUGGCCCAAUAAGCCUGCUGCACUGGAGCGGGAAGGGCAAGCCAUGGCUGAGGCUGGACUCGAGGAGGCCAUGCAGCGUCGACCAUCUGUGGGCGCCCUACGACCUCUACCUUUCGUCCAUGCAUGCCAUCGAGGAAUAGCGGGGGAGGAAGCCAGGGAAGACGAAGGGAUUACAGGACCCCCCCUGAUCCCUUAUUCUUCUAUGAGAGCAUGAAAAGAUUUCUCUUAUUCUAUGAUUUGAGAGAGAUUAAGACUCC